AUGCAGCUUCAUUUGCAAGUUUGCAGAUUCACUGCUUACGCUUUGACUCUGCUUUUGCUGGCAGAAGUUACGCAAGUCCAUGCAGAGUUUGCUUGUUUCAACAAACUCCAGAAACUUUUUGUUUUUGGUGAUUCCUAUUCUAGAAUUUCAUUCAAUGCGACAGGUCCGCAGCCGUCAGUGUCCAAUCCCUAUGGAAACAACGGAAGCACAAGUGCCAACGGUCCCAAUUGGGUCAACUAUAUCACUGGUACAUACAACGAGUCCUUGAUAUUGACCUAUGAUUUCGCGUUGAGUGGCGCAGUGGUCAACAAUUCGAUCGUAUCAUCCAAUACCAGACCUGAUCUGGUCAACGAGUUCAAAGUCAAUUUUGUGGGAGCCUAUGGCAAUGCCUCUGGCCUUUUCAACCCUGAGCGCAGCAUAUUUGCAUUUUGGUUUGGUAUCAACGACGUGAACAUUUCAUACAAUAGCAGAGGUCGCGAUACGUAUGCGGAGAUUAUGGCGUCGUACCACGAGUUGGUGCUUCAGCUGUAUGGCAUUGGGGCUCGCAACUUUCUCUUUCUCUAUGUGCCUCCACUACAGAGGGCUCCGGUCAUUGCAUCUGGAAGUAAUGCAAGUACCAACAUCCCCUUGAUGGAAACAGCUGUCCGAGAGUUCAAUUCCCGCAUCUACAACAUGACUCAAACGCUUCAAACUGAGCUAUCGGAUGCGACCGUAUUCCUCCAUGACUCAUACGCCACUUUCGACAAAGUCAUUGACAAUCCCGGGUCGAGUCAAGAGACUGCUCUACUCCGAGAUACAAAGAAUUACUGUACCUCGUACGCAGGGUGA